AUGGAUUCGCAGCUGGAUGUGGAGAAGCUCUUUGCGGAGAACCAGGAGCGAGAGCAGGAAUUGCGGAAUCUCCUCAAGACGAGGCCUUCCGAGUCAAGAGAUGUCCAAGCCUUGCGGGCGGAGAUGAGGGGGGCGUACAGCGAGAUCCUGGGGAUGGACCCCGAGUUCUGCGCCGCCAAAGACGUGGAGCUCUUGUUGUGGAAGAACUGCUACUACAAGAGAAUAGAGGCGAGCACCGAAAAAUAUAUUCUAUUCGGAGAAUGCGGGAGAGGAGGGCCGCCGGCGGCGAUAGGAAGCAGCGACCGGAAGACGCGACUGGUGCGCCUGGUGGUGCUGAGCAUCAACCGGUGCUUCAUCUUCCUGGGCGACCUGGCGCGAUACCGGGAGCUGCACGGGGAAAACUCCGUCAAGGAUUGGUCCAGUGCCGAACGGUACUACCACCAGGCAUUGGCAGUGCUUCCCACGAGCGGGAACCCCCACAACCAGCUCGCCGUGCUGGCCACCUACACGGACGCGGAGUGCGUCUCGGUGUACAGGUACUGCCGCAGCCUGAUGAUCGACAGCCCGUUCCAGACGGCCCACGAGAAUCUGACGCUGCUGUUCGAGAAGAACAAGCAGAAGGGCUUCGGGAUGCCGGCCUUGGAGGGGGGCAAGGAGAGCCUGGGGGGCGGGAGAGAGUCGACGGGGGGCGGGGGCGGGGGGCACCACCACAGCAAGGGGAAAGGAAAGGGGUCCGGAGGACGUGGAAAUACCGGGGCCUUGCUCAAGUCUUUCCUCCGGCGAUUCGUGCGCCUCCACGGCAUGAUCUUCUCCGGGAAAGCUGAGGACUUGGAGGACUUCCCCAGCAUCUUCGAGACGGCCAUCGCGGACUUCCGGACGCUCCUCUCCAACUCGGCAUUCGGCGACGCGCUCCUGCUCAAGAUGGUGGUCAUCUGCAUCUUCUCCGUCACUCACGUCGCCGACGAGACGGAGACGGCGGCGGCGGCUGCGGCUGCGGCGGCGGCGGCGGCCUCCUCCAACUCCCACGACGACGAGGCGUUCUCCAACUCCGGCGGCAGCGUCGUCGACGGCGGCGGCAGCAGCCUGGACGGGGCCGGCUCGAACGCCGGGAGCACGGGGACGCAGGCCGGGGGCACGGAGGCGGCGGCGGCGGCCGCCAGCAAGGCCGAGGAGGAGCACUCUGUCUUCUGCGGGGCUGCCGGGGGCGGGGGCGGGGGCGGCGGGGGCAGAGGCGGCGGCGGGGCUCGGCGAGGGGUGGCCAGCGUAGCCGUCCAGGAGGCGGAGAUGCGAGCCCAGUACUGGGAGGUGGUGCAGAGAUUGUCGUCGACUCUGCCCGACCAGGACCCGAUGAACCAGGCGGACGCUUUCCCGGGAGAUCCGCUGGGAAGGCGGCGGCCCUUGAAGGAGCACGUGGAGCUCAGAGGGUUCCUUCCCCUGGCGGACCUGUACAAGAAGCGGUACGCCAUGGACGGCCCGGCCGUCCCCGCCGUCCCGGACGACUGCGCGGGCUCCGUCCGCAUCCGGGGCCUCAAGGCCUUCUGCACCGCCGUCAGCGGCGACCCCUUCACCCCGGCCCCCGCCGACCUCGUCCAGUACCCGGACGGGGACGGCAUGAUGGUGACCGCGACGGCCGGUUCGCACCGGGAGAACCGCUCGGAGUACAGCGAGGCCAGCACCAGCAGCGGGAGCUACCACUACGUGCAGGACGGCGCCGCCGCCGGGCGGCCGUUCGAGAUCGCCCUGAGGCCGUCGGGGCCGUCGUCGCAGCACAGCGGCCGGGCGCCCCCCGGCAUGGGCAGCGGCGAGGUGAUUGGGCCCGGCGGGGAGAGGGUGUCUCGGUCCUUCUCUGGGCCCGGGCCAGGCGGGUACUUCGGCAGCGGGAGCAGCAUCGGGGCCGGGAGCGACGGGGAUGGGUGGCGCGCUUCCAAAGGCGGCGGGCCGGGAGGAGCACGACAACACGGCCGCAACGCCAGCGUGGGCGUGUUCCGCGUACCGGUCCAGCAGCAACAGCAGCAGCACUACCCAUCCCAGAUGUCGCACGCCCGGCAGCACUCGCAGCCGAUGAUGCCAUCCGUGGGCGGCGGCGGUGGCGACCACGACUCCUCCGGGGGGGGGCAGUUUUUCCAGCCGCCUCUUCACCGCAUCCACUCUCAGGCCGUGGGCGUGACCUCGGCGGUCGCGCCGCCGGGGGGCACCCCCGGCUCCUCUACCCGCGGGGCGUACAACAGCAGCGGCCGCCACUCGGACACGGCCAGCGCGACGGGUAGCCGCCACUCCCUGGACAGCGGGAUGCGGUACUACGACAACAGGCAGGCACCCAUGGCGGCCGCCGCCGCCGCCGCGCCGGAGGCGUUCAACGCCGUCCACCACGCCUCUUCCGUCCCCGGCGGCGGCGGCGGCGGUAAGUCUUCGAUCGGGGCCAACCAGGGGUCCGGGUCCGGUUCGAGCGGCGUCGGCAGCGCCUUCGGCAGCGGGCACGACACGCACUCGUUCGGUGGCGUGGAGCGCCCCCGGCGGGCGCAGCGGCGGCGCGGCCGCCGUCGGCAGCAGCGCCGGGAGUGGGGGCGGCGGCUGGGCCGUGGCGUCGUCGGGGGCCGGGGACCUGGACCCGCGGAGCAGCUUCCGCAGCGGCGACCCCGGGUCCGGCGACGAGACCGAAGACGUCGGGGUGUUCACGCCGAGCUUCGGCGGGGGGCACAGCGGCAGCGGCAACGUGUCGAGGCGGAAGAGCACGGGCGGCGGCGGGGGUCCCGUGGUUGUUGUCGGCCGGGGAGGUCGGGAAGGGAGCUCCAGGAGUUUGCGGGGAGAUGA